GAACUUUAAUUCUCAGCUAGGUGUUUGCAGCUGUGGUAUUUGCAGUCUCAUCUGAGAUUUUAAAACCAGUCAAUUAGCAAUCCCAAAAAAAGAGAUGAGGAUUGGCAUAUUGUUUAUGAUAUCCUACCUUGUUAACAUUACAGCUAGCAGUGGGCCAGAGCUCUUGGUUUUGCAAUACCCCGAAAAUGCCAGUGUGCUCCUUAACUCCACUGUGUGGAUGCUCUGUGUCUUUGAAUACCCCAAGCAAGAGAAUGAGGAGCCAGUUGUGUACUGGAGAAAGGGCCCCAGCUGUGACAACCAGCAGAGUCUUCGGUCAAGUUCAGGAGCAGGAAGGCCACACAUACACAUUAUGAAGGACGUAUUCAGGGGAUUCUCUAUCUUAAAACUGAGCAAUGUUGACAAGAAUGACAGCAACUCAUAUUUCUGUGAUGUGAUACUAACCCAGAAAACCCAUGGCAAAUGUGGAAAUGGAACCAAGCUGACAGUGCACGGUAAGAGGCAUCUGAUAGUCAAAGAAAUUGUAUUAAUGGAUGCAAGAUUUCACAUGCAAAGACUGUGUAAGAUCAGAACCAACCUGGUGGUGUUGGUUCCUUCUUCUUGGAUACACUCUCUUUGUCACCACAGUUACCAUAGCUUUCGGUAUUCAUUACUGCUGUAAAAAGUGCAAGAACGAUUCAAGAAAUACAGAUAGCAGCGCUAUCCAGCCAAGUGAAUGGAUUUAUGAAAAGCCAUCCAAACCUGUUAAUAAUGGGUCUAACCAAGAAUAUGAAGAUAUGUCACUAGUAAGAACUUUCAGUCACAUUGAAAGGAAAGUGAUAUGAAAAACAAGCCUCACAGCUGUAACCAUAAUGCUAUGAGCAUGUGAAUGAUGUGUACUACUUCAGGAUACAGAAGAAACAUACACACAAGUCGUUUUGUGAGCUUGGAAUCUUCUUUGUUCAAGAUUUUUUCAUCUAUUCAUGUAUCUACUUCAAAACUAGUGAAAUUAAUGCUCUAUGCAGCUACAAAUGUAAUGAUAUUUAGUGUGCACAGCUACCACAAAAAUACUGUUAAAGCUAAAGGUAUUAAUAUUUCGAUGCCAAGGAUAUGCUGAUAUAUUUUUUUUCCAUUUUAAACUCAAGGACAUUUGGAAUUUUGUUUUUAUCUGGGUUAAGACAGCUUAUUUGCUUCAUCAAAGCAACGGCAAAUUCUGUACUACAGUACCUGUCUGCUGCUGAGAUAAAUUUAAAAAAAACAUUUUCUCAUUGAGGAGUUUCUCAUGUGCUCCUGAUGUACUGCCUGACCUUAUUUCCAGCUCCUUAUCCUGCCCUCAUAUUUAUAUAUGCCUGCAACUUCUACUUUUGGCUGUGUAGCCAGCUAUGCUACUGAUAUAGUGCACAUUUCUACAUGCCUCUCUUGAAAGAAUGAAAAUACUGAAUAUGUUUUUAAUAGUUAUAAUUUCUGAAGAAAACAUAAUAAUUACUUAUGAAGAGCUUGUCUUUGUUGUUCUUCUUCUGGCAUAUCUAACAUUAUAAUAUAAGCCAUUUGGAUUAAAAAUAUCUUUAAAAGUUGUUUCAAAGUACUUAGGAUGCUUUGGAGUCCGUGUAAACAGCAACAAUAGAAUUAAACUUUGUAGAAAGAGCUUACCAUAAUUUGCAUAAUAAUGAAGUGCUCAGAGGAAGUUGUGCUUUGGAAUAGUUAUGUAUGUGUGACUUGAGAGAAGUUAAUACUCUGACAAACUCUAUUUGAGUUAUUGAAUUUUUCUUUUUUCCACAAACGAUUAAAUAUUACAAGCUGAGUACUGUGUAUUUUUAUUUAUUUAUUUUUUAAACACUGAAAAUAUAAUUGUGAAAGGAAAAUGUUCCUAGGCUAAAAUGCCAGAGAUUACAGCCUUCUACACUAACUAUGAAUAUAAAACAAAGAGUAAGCUCUUUUUUACUCAAGGGGGCAAUAAGUCAUAGUUAAUAUUCAAGACUGUACAUUACGAUGUGGAUGCACAUUGCUAGUGAACUUCAGCUAAAGCUUUAUCAGUACUGCAUUUUUCUAAAAUAUUUGCCUGUUCUGUAAGUAAAAAUACUAAUUA